AUGUCUACGCGUCAGAAGUCAUUCUUUGAUCAGGAUCAAAAGGCAAAGCCAUACAAGGGCCAAUGGCAUCGCCAGCCCAACCGUCUGCCUUUCCCCCACCACUAUAAUAAUAAUCACACGGCCCCUCCACCACGGCAGGUCGUGACGGGGCCGCCCAUCAUGCCGUCCACGCAAACGCGAACAAAGCUCAAGGCUUUUCAAUUCAUCGAGGGCGCGCCGACGACCGCUGGGACAGGCAAAGAGUGUGAGGCUGAGAAGGAGAAUCAACCCACGGCUACGGUCAAGGCCAAAUUAAUAGAAACGCCAAAAACUUCGAGGAUGACCAAGGAGGUAGAGACCAUGGAAAAGACCCCCAAGCUGCCCACAGCCAAAUCAUGUCCGCCUCCGUCAACACCAGCCACUACGAGAUUACCGCUGGCGGAUCUAGUAGGCAACAUUGACGACUCAGCCAGACAUGCGCCAAAGCCUAUUGCUUCUCCAGAGGAACAACUGAUAUGGAGAGGGUCGCAAACCGUCAACACGCCUAUGCCGCGCAAGAACAAGAAACGCGCGCGGAGUUCUUCGCCUGUACCGCCCCAGUCGCAAGACGAUUCUCGGUUCGACCCCAACAGGACGGAACUCACCACACCUCAAGCAGAUCCUGCCAUGGAACUCUGGACUCGCUACACAGGCAAAAAUGGAACACCAAGCGCCAACAAGGGCGUCGCUUUUGCGCAUCUCAUCAAUGAGUCUUCUCCACGCUCCGCCGCUGCUGCUGGAAGCAUCAGUGGCCUUCGUCGAUGGGCUAGCUGUGGACAUGAAUUCCCUGCAUCACAUAGGAAGCGAAGAAGAACACAAGGCGUAUUCCAGGCCCAAGAGGAAUCAACGGAAGACGUUUUCACGCAUGUGCCAAGUUCUGAUAGCAUGAUGCAGGGCCAGUCCACCAAACCCAACAUAGCCAGUAUGGUGCAACGGAUGAGGGAAUGCGUCUCAAAAUCACAAUCACACAUGUCGACGCAGCCUCCAUCGAGUUCUUCCCCAGUUUUGGGGGGCAUGGAUCGCCAAGUGUCGUCAUCUGGCUCGCCUCUGCAACGCCGUCCUUCCCAUCUAGACCAAGACGAAGACCUGGAGCAAGAAGCUUCCGAAACGCUUCGAGUCGAAGAAGAUCUUGUGUGUGAGGAUGCGUACAUGGAUCAGGAGCCACAGGACGAGGCGCCAUUGCAAGACCAGCCAGCACACCAGUGUUCGAUUUCGUCGGACGACUUUGGUGAUGAUGUUUUCGACGCCGACAUGGUCGAAGCGCUUGAUAUUACACCUCCAACUGCUGAGUCUGCAGCACAGCCGACUGGUAUUGUCACCACACCUGCCGAGCCUGCGAGACCACAGUCACAGCCACGGGCGCUGUCACAGCCACAGGCUCAAUCACAAUCUCAUUGGCCGCCAGCCGUUAUAGCUGCUCCACAAGCGACUGGCAGUGAUGAUGAUGAAUUCGGCAUGGAUGACGAGGAAGAAUUCGCUGCUGAUCUCGAGCAUGUGGCGUCAUUAUUUGACACCAGAUCUGUUGAGGAAUCGAACGACCCCAGGACCGCAGAUGAUGCAGGAGAAGACAUCACGGCAGGAGAUGUAGCGCCCAUUAUCAAUCUUGUUGACGAUGAGGACGAGGAUGAGUUCGGCGGAGACAUUGAUGUUGAUGAGUUCGCUGCUGCAGAGGUGGCAGCCACGCAAGCGCCAGUGAACACGAGCCAAGGGCCCACUAGGGCGAUCCAGCGUUACCUCAUCAAACGAGUCGAUGAAGGUACAUACACUACAGAGCGAGGCCAUCAGAUGCCCGAGAAGGUACUCCUGGUCGAAGAGGAGAAGACGAAACUCUUCAAGGCCAUUACACUCCGCCAAGCCUGGUUCGACACGCCUUGUACUACUGGCUCGUUUGUCCAUGUCAUUGGAGAGUUUUCAUCUACUGGACAGUGUUGCAUCGAUGACCAUCACAACAUGCUAAUUCUACAUCCUGACCAUCUUAUUUCGGCAACCGUCGUGGCAGACUCCUUCGGCUGCUUACGACGAGCGGUCCUACAGGACCGGAUCAAGGCGACAAGUACGGCGAACGCCCCGAUGUUGUACGGUACGCUGCUCCACGAAUUGUUUCAAGAAGCUUUGAAAGCGAACAAGUGGGACUCUGCUUUCCUGCUUGAGAGAAUUGAAAAAAUCUUACCGAGCAAGUUCGAGACUAUUCUCGAGAUCAAUUCGACACGCGAAGAAGUCCAGGAGCAUUUGAGCAGCAAGCUUCCCGAAAUGCAGGCCUGGGCUGAUAUCUUCGUUCGCUCUCAGCCUCGAGACGAUGCUGUCGUUCGAGAGCGAAAUGGUCGCCAGUCAAUCAUGAGCGUGAACAAACUGCUUGAUGUGGAAGAGCACGUAUGGUCUCCCAUGUACGGCCUCAAAGGGAACAUUGACGCUACCGUACAGGUUAUCAUGCGCGAUGAUCAGGGUGAGCGAACGUUGACGGUCCCCUUUGAGGUCAAGACGGGAAAGAAUACUUCCAAUGCUGCACACGUCGCGCAGACUGCCUUGUACAAUCUAUUAUUGUCAAACCGAUACGACGUCGAUGUUGCUUACGGGAUCCUAUACUAUCUGGAAUCCUCCGACACGAGCCGUAUUCCUGCUAUCCGCAACGACAUUAUUCAUAUGAUCAUCAAGCGCAACGAACUGGCCUGCUAUGUCCGCGAUCGGAUCGAUCUACCGCCGAUGCUAAAGGAAGACUUCAAGUGCCAGAAAUGCUAUGCACAAGAACCAUGUUUUUUGUAUAACAAACUGGUCGAGGAUGGUGAUGGUGAAGUACUCAACAAGAAGGCCAAAGAGCGAUAUGACGAGCUUGUCAAACCACUCAAGCCAUCUGAUCAAGACUUUAUGAAGAAGUGGGACGCACUCUUGACUAAAGAAGAGUCUGACAUGAUGAAAUUCAGGCGCGAGCUCUGGACCAUGCUGAGCGAAGAGCGUGAGAAACUAGGUCGUUGUUUCUCGAAGGUGGUACUGGAACCUGGAUCCGGGCAUGAGGAGAUGAACGGUCAGAAGAUCAAUCGCUACCACUAUACGUUUAUCAAGCAACAAGCGAAGCCAGGCUUCUCAUUUACAGAGUCUCAACUUAUCGUCGGCGAGCCUGUUGUUGUAUCAGAUGAGCAAGGUCACUUUGCUCUAGCAAAUGGCUACGUAACGAACGUCAAGAAGCGCCGCAUUACCGUUGCCGUGGACAGACGAUUGCACAACUCACGGACCAAACUGCCAGGAUUCGAAUCGCAGACCAACCAAACCUUCACUGGCAUCAUGGAGGUUGGCAAAGAGGGUGACAUGGUUGCAGAGUGCGACGAGAACGAGGAACCAGUCUUGUACCGAUUGGAUAAAGACGAGUUCAGUAACGGAAUGGCUGCCGCUCGCAACAACCUCAUACAAAUCAUGGAUAACAGUGUUUACAAAGCUCACGACUUACGAGCUCUGAUAAUAGAUGGUCGUGCGCCAGCCUUCAAGCCUGUCACUGCAGAAAUGGAACCGCCCCAAGGCUCGCAAAUGUCUAUGAACACGGAUCAGAAAGCCGCAAUCGCUAAAGUCAUGUCUGCAAAGGAUUAUGCCCUUGUGCUUGGCAUGCCGGGAACCGGGAAGACAACGACGAUUGCUCACAUUAUACGAACGCUUGUGGCCAAGGGGAAGAGUGUCUUACUCACGUCGUACACGCAUACCGCCGUCGACAACAUUUUACUCAAGAUUAGAGACGACAAGAUUGGCACACUACGACUCGGUGCCUCCGCGAAGGUACAUCCCGAAGUACGAGAGUUUGCAAUCCUGGCUGCAGAACCGAAGGGUAGUGUAGAGGAGCUCGAGCGCUCAUGGAUGGAGCCUCCUGUGGUGGCCACAACAUGUCUGACCAUUAACCACCCCUUGUUCAGUCGCCGCGUCUUUGAUUACUGUAUUGUUGACGAAGCCUCCCAAAUUACCCUGCCAGUCUGUCUAGGUCCGAUCCGUAUGGCCCAGAAGUUCAUCUUGGUGGGGGACCACUACCAGCUUCCACCACUUGUUCAAAACAAGGAAGCCAUGGAGGGCGGCCUCGACAUAUCACUGUUCAAGUUGCUCUGUGAAGCACAUCCGGAAGCAGUUGUCAGCCUGGAGCACCAGUACCGCAUGUCUGCCGACGUCAUGCUGCUGUCCAACACAUUCAUCUAUUCUGGAAGACUGAAAUGCGGCACACCAAGCGUCGCCUCACGAAAACUCUCACUCCCAAAAUCCCAAGGUCUGCUUGCCUACCACCAUAAGCCCAACCAAUCUCGCUCCUGCCCCUCGAGACCGUGCACCGGACCAGAGUCGCCGGAUUGCUGGCUGUCACGUUCGAUAUCCCCUGAUGCACCAGUGGUGUUUAUCAACACAGACCUCAUCUCUACGAACCUCGAUGUCGUUUCAGGACCGCGCAUCACAAACACAUUCGAAGUCCAACUCGUCACCCAACUCACACUCUGUCUCCUCAGUCUCGGUGUGUCCGCCAACGAAAUCGGCAUCAUCGCCUUCUACCGCUCGCAACUCGCCCUCCUGCGCCAAAGUCUUGCAUCCGCCCACACACAAACACAGUCCUCUGAACUCGGCAUCUCAGCCGGAUCCGCAGGCGUAGAGCUCCAUACUGCAGACAAGUUCCAAGGUCGAGACAAAGAAGUCGUGCUCGUCUCCUGCGUCCGCAGCAACGAGGACGGUGUAGUCGGCGAGUUGCUCAAAGACCGACGACGCAUCAACGUCGCCCUCACGCGAGCGCGCUCCAAACUCAUCCUUCUCGGAAGUGAAAAGACGCUGUCCAGCAACGAGUUGCUCGGCAACAUGAUCGCCCUCUGCCGUGCGAAGAACUGGAUCCUCAAUCUCCAACCCGACAUGGUAGACGCCCACUCCUUUGACGACAUCAACAACACCAACAGCAACAUCACGCAAACUGGUAAGCCGGCCUCGCGCCCCUUGCACUCCCCCCGUCUUGCGCCCAAACCCAACACGGAACCGCAAUCCAGUCCCUCACCUAGUCCCACCAAGAAACGCAACCCGCUCUCCGACAUCUCCACCGCCCCUGGUGCCGCUAAUGCCCAUCCCCCGCCACUGCGCAAACAUCGCAUGCCCGGGAAAUCUAUAGCCAGUAUCCUAGAGGAUAAGGGCAUGGGCAUGGCGGGCUCAGCGAGGAAGAAGCCGGGGAGAGUGUGUACGGCGGGGAAGAGGGGAGUGCUGGACGGACGGCCCGUGUUAAGUGAUGUUUGGAGGGGGGCGGUUUGA